GAAGGAGCCCCACAGUCAAGCUCCUGACAGACUACCUCUGCAUUAUGCCAGUCAAAGUCAGUUUCACACACUGAGACCCAGGACUGAUUGGACUUCACCUCCACUCUCCCAGAGCACAAACCAGCUCCAUCCACAAACCUCACAGACUCUGAACAAAAGAUGGUUCAAUAUCCAAUCAGUUUUGUUGAUGCUACCAGCUAUGUAUUGGAUAAAAGAUUGUAAUAUGGUUCGACACAAUCCCUAUCAAUCUUGAACGGAUACAUUAGCAUAAUUACGACAACCAUCGCCUGCAGUAAAGGCGAAGUCACACUUCUCAAGAGUAGAAUCCAGUGGGAGGGGUCUAUAAAACACAAAAUGGCGACUCCAGUCAACAUCCAAAACCCCAGUAAGACGUGGGAGCUGAGUUUGUAUGAACUGCACAGGAGCCCACAGGAGGCGAUCAUGGACGGCACAGAGAUAGCGGUGUCCCCCCGGAGCCUCCACAGUGAGCUGAUGUGCCCCAUCUGUCUGGACAUGUUGAAGAACACAAUGACCACCAAGGAGUGCCUGCACCGCUUCUGCUCCGACUGCAUCGUCACUGCACUCCGAUCAGGGAACAAGGAAUGCCCCACGUGCCGAAAGAAGCUUGUGUCGAGACGCUCGCUCCGCCGCGACUCCAACUUUGACGCCCUCAUCUCCAAGAUCUACCCCAGCCGCGACGAGUACGAGGCCCACCAGGACCGGGUGCUGGAGAGACUCAACCGGCUGCACAACAAGCAGGCCCUCAGCUCCAGCAUUGAGGAGGGGCUGCGCAUGCAGGCUCUGCACAGACGCCCCAGAGCACAGCGAGUGCGCAAACCGGCGCAGGAGAGCGACAACACCACCUUCAGCGGCGGCGAGGACAACGGGGAUGCACGGUCACACCUCUCCCACGACUCUGCGCCUUCCCACGCGCCCCUCCCCCCGAGCCACACACCCUCUGAGGCCGGGCCCAGCCGGAACCCUAAGCGGCCCAGGGUGUCAGAUGAGUCAGGCCCGGAGGUGGAUGGGGGCAGCCCCACGGCCCCGCUCCGGCACCACAAAGAGGGCCCUGGCUCAGAGAUAGAGCUGGUUUUCCGUCCGCACCCCCUGCUGGUCAACACACAGGACUACAGCCAGACCAGAUAUGUGAAGACCACAGCCAACGCCACAGUGGACCACCUGUCUAAGUACCUGGCUCUGCGUAUCGCUCUGGAGGAGAGGCAAAGAGACAGCCAAUCCGAUGCAGCGAUGGAGAAGGGGAAAGAGGGAGUGGAGGCAGGGGCUAAAGGAGAGAAAUCAGCAGGAGGGGCCAGCCUGAAGAACGUCAGUGAGAAGCAAUACACCAUCUACAUCACCACAUCAGGGGGACAGUUCUCUACUCUGAACGGCUCCCUGACUUUAGAGCUGGUGAAUGAGAAGUACUGGAAGGUCAGAAAGCCUCUGGAGCUUUACUAUGCCCCCACCAAGGACCAACCUCUUCAACCAUCACAGCCACCGCAGCAGAAGUCCCCACAGCCCAAAGAGGGGUGAGGAGGACAGGAGUCCUCCCUCUUCAGCCGUUAUCACACGCUGUCUCUGACAGAUUUCUGUGUGUGGCGUGUAGCUGCUUCUAAGGUAGUCAUUUGGAACAUUCCAUAGAUUGAAGGUCUUCAACUUUGACCUCAGAAUCUGAAGUUUUUCUGUUUUUAAUCUUCCGUAGCUUCUAAUCAAACCUGAGUAUGAAGUUGUUUUUGCAAUACCUACAAAUUUUUUCCUUAAUCGAAUGGUUGACUUAAUGCAGCCUGUCGGUGUGCACACCGGUCCAGACAACACCUACGUAGUCCAGCCUUCCUUCAGACCACCAAGUGUUGCUUGACCUUGCAUCAGGACUGCCAGAUUUUGUUGAUACAUCAUUUCAGAUCAGUGUGAGGGCUUUACACUACCGGUCAAACGUUUUAGAAUACCUACUCAUUCAAGGGUUUUUAUUUAUUUAGACUAUUUUCUACAUUGUAGAAUAAUAGUGAAGAGAUCAAA